AUGGCUUGGUCUUCUCCCGCUCAACUUAGUGAUGUUGGGACUUCGCAUUUGGAGUAUUUGAACCUUCGUUCCAAUAAUUUCAGUCGGUGCCAAAUUCUAGAUUUCAUUGGAUCUUUGAGCAAUUUAAGAUACCUCGAUCUCUCUUAUGCAAAAUUUGGAGGUGAAAUUCCAUAUCAACUUGAAAACCUGACACACUUGGAAUAUCUCGAUCUCAGCUCGGAUGGAUUUAUUUCUGCAAAAAACCUCAAUUGGCUCUCUAAGCUUUCUUGUCUAAAACACUUCGACCUCAGUUCUACUAAUCUCACCGGUGUUGUUGGUUGGCUGGAAGCAGUUAAUAUGCUUCCUAAAUUAAGAAACUUGAUAUUACGGGGGUGUAAUCUUCCUCCUCCAAUUAUAUCCUCUGUUUCUGUUAUGAACUCUUCUAAAUCUCUUGUUCAUGUCGAUCUCUCCUACAACAAUCUUAACUCUUCAAUCUUUCAAUGGAUGUCCGGUACUCAUGCCAACCUUGUUGAUCUUUAUCUAUCUGGGAACAAUUUAAAUGGUUCCUCAAUUCCUGAUGAUUUCGGAAACAUGAGCUCUCUUGCAUAUCUUACUCAAAGGAGGGAUCCCAAAUUUUAUUUGGAUAUCUCUGAUAAUAAUGGCAUCAUGGGAGCUGUUGAUUCGAAAAAAUGGCUUGGUCUUCUCCCGCUCAACUUAGUGAUGUUGGGACUUCGGUAUGCUCUGGGCCUAGGUGGAGCAUGUGAUCUGCAAGAUAAUGAACGCUCGAUGGAAUCGAUAAGAUUGAGGUCUUGUAAGAUGGGGCCGUCUUUCCCAAAAUGGCUUCAAACUCAGAAAAGUGUUUCAUUUCUUGAUAUUUCUGAUAAUGGAAUUACUGAUACCAUUCCGAGUUGGCUUUGGGAUUUGUCAAUAUUCGAUAUGGAUCUCUCUCAUAAUCAAGUCAGAGGAACAAUUGGAAAUUUGAGAUCGGAGUUCCCACCUAAGCUAAAUGAGUUAGAGUUUCUUGAUUUAUCAAGAAACCAGAUAAAUAGCAGAAUUCCAACAAGUCUUUCUUGGAUAGCUCGUCUUGCUAAGUUGGACUUGUCAGAAAACAACUUGUUUGGAAAAAUUCCAAUAGGCACUCAGCUCCAAAGCUUUGAAUAUGCUUGUGGUGGAAAUCGUCUGCUUUGUGGAGCACCACUCCCAAAGACAUGCCCUGAGGAGGAAAAAGGUCUAGGACAACCUGUGUUGGUGAACCAAGACGGCCAGUAUGGGCUCAUAACGCAAGGAUAUUACAUCAGCAUGGGGCUUGGUUUUGCUGUUGGAUUUUGGGGAGUUUGUGGCACUCUUCUGCUCAACAGGUCAUGCAGAUACACAUACUUCAAUUUCUUAACCUUUUUGAACGAUUGGCUGCACGUGAAGGCAGCAAUCAUCAGUCAAAGGAUGCUUAAUAGAUAA